CGGCCGGGGCCGGAGCCGGAGCGGGGCCGUGGUGGGCAGAGCCGGGCCGGGCCGGGCCGGGAACGCGGCAAUGAACUUCGCAGUGGGGCUGAAGCCGCUGUUGGCGGAGGCACGGAGCAUGGAGAGCCUGGAGAAGCAGCUCAUCUGCCCCAUCUGCCUGGAGAUGUUCACCAAGCCUGUGGUGAUCCUGCCAUGCCAGCACAACCUCUGCCGCAAAUGUGCCAAUGAUGUCUUCCAGGCCUCCAACCCGCUGUGGCAGUCGCGGGGCUCCAGCGCGGUGCCGUCGGGCGGCCGGUUCCGGUGCCCGUCGUGCCGCCACGAGGUGGUGCUGGACCGGCACGGGGUGUACGGGCUGCAGCGGAACCUGCUGGUGGAGAACAUCAUCGACAUCUACAAGCAGGAGUCGGCCAGGCCCCUGCACGCCAAGGCCGAGCAGCACCUCAUGUGUGAGGAGCAUGAGGACGAGCGGAUCAACAUCUACUGCCUGCGCUGCGAGGCACCCACCUGCUCCCUCUGCAAGGUCUUCGGGGCGCACAAAGACUGCGAGGUUGCACCGCUGCCUGCUGUCUACCAGCGCCAGAAGAGUGAGCUCAGCGAUGGCAUCGCCAUGCUGGUGGCAGGGAACGACCGCAUCCAGGCCAUCAUCACGCAGAUGGAGGAGAUCUGCCACACCAUCGAGGAGAAUGGCCGGCGGCAGAAGCAGCACCUGGGGCUGCGCUUUGACUCGCUGUACAGCAUCCUGGAGGAGCGGAAGAAGGAGCUGCUGCAGAGCAUCGCGCGGGAGCAGGAGGCAAAGCUGCAGCGUGUGCGGGGUCUUAUCCGCCAGUACGGUGACCACCUGGAGGCCUCCUCCAAGCUGGUGGAGUCGGCCAUCCAGGCCAUGGAGGAGCCUCAAAUGGCCGUGUACCUGCAGCACUCCAAGGAACUCCUGAAAAAGAUCAUGGACAUGUCCAAGGUAUCAAUGAGCAGCCGCCCAGAGCCUGGCUACGAGAACAUGGACCACUUCUCCAUCAACGUGGACUAUGUGGCAGAGAUGCUGAGGACCAUUGAGUUCCAGACAGAGCCACUGGGCGAGGAUGAGGCAGACGGACCUGGGGACAGCAAUGAGGCCACAGCAGAUGAGGACCGGCUGGACAGCCUGGAGGCACCUGAAGCCAUGGAGGAUGUGGGGCCGAGGCAGAAGCCAGCAAGCUCUCCCCAUGGUCAGCACUGAGCCAUUGCUGUGGGACAGCAUCGGCACCUGCCGGCUCAUCAUGGCCCUGGCACUUGUCUGUGAGCUCCAGCCCUGCUGCUGCAAUUCCCCAAAUGCUGGAGCUGCCCCUCUCUGACA